AAGAAAUCUAAACAUGAUGAAUGAAUAGAGCUUAGAUAUUUUUUAAAUUUAUAAUGGAUGAUAAAGGAGAAUUAGAGUUAUUAAGAAAUGAAAUAAUACGAUUAGAAAACGAGCUAGAAAAAACAAACCAUCAAAACAUUCAAGCCGCUGAAUUGGGAUUGUCUGUUUUAGAAGAAAAGGAGACAAUUGAAAAGAAAAAUAGAGAAUAUGAGGCCUUAUAUGAACAAAGUCAAAAAGAGUUAUUACAAACGCAGGAAGCGCUACGCAGGGCUCAAUUUACCCAGUUGAAACAGACUCAGGAAUCGUUCUCGGAAGAAGAAAAUAGGCUGGAACACAAUACUCUUACCAUCAAGGACUUGAAUGAACAUAUAAAGGGUCUUUGCGAUCAGCUUAAAGUGGUCAAGAGCGAAAGAGAUAGACUAAACAAAGAGAACGAAGAAUACGAGCAAUUGUCGGAUCGUUUCAAUAAUGAAAGCAAGGAGAAUGUCGAAGAAAGGGCUAAAAUGAUUGACAAGUUGAGGAAUUCGGAAAAGAGGGAGAGCAAGCUUCUGAUAGAUAUGUCUGAGUUGGAGGACGAAAAUCUAGCUCUGCAAAAGCAAGUCGUAGCUCUCAGGGUCAACCAAAUGGAGGUGGAGUCUUUGAAAAUCGAAUUGGAAAAUUUCAAGGAACAGAAAUUCAUUCAAGCCCAGAAGUUGGAAGACACCGAAUCCAUGAAAAAUAUUUUGAAGAAACAAUUAGACGAAACAUCCGAGCUUCUGGAGAGGGAAAAACGAUCGCUUCGAUCCGCUAAACGCGAAAUAGAAGAUUACAGAUGGAAUAAAAACCGGGGUGGGCGAAUAGAUUUUAAUAACGAUCGAAAUAACGAGAACGGAAUAAACGAACACCAACUCCUGGCUUCUGAUUACGAGGAAUACCUCAAUAUAUCGACCAAUGCUGAACUUCUGAAAACGCUCAUGCAUUCCAACGCCAACAUCAAUGGCGACUAUGACUCUUCCAUGCAGGCUUCCGAUAACACUUGUCUCGUCUGCGACGUAGAUCUUAGUGCAAAUGGAACUGGGGCUGGUUCCGACCUAUUUUCCGAGAUGAAAUCGGCCGAGAUAAAUAAUUUGAGAGAAGAGCUAGAAGCCCUAAAACGAGAAAAGGAGGCCCUCGUCACCAAAAUCCAAACUCUACUCUUGAAAGAGAAGGAAAAAGAAAACGAAACCUUGCUCUCCAAAGCAUCAUCGGAUGGAGAGAGAAAUAAGGAUGACCGUAUUGUGGACAGGUUGGAAGUCGAACUUUUGGCCAAACAAAGACUCGUAGUUGAACUCAACCGAAUUCUCAAAACAAUAACCGACAACACCCUUUCCCCUGUAUUAGAUCAAACUCAGCGUAUAGUGCUUAACCAUUCCCAUUUCAAGGCCAAAACUAAACAUAACGGAGAAAACUAUGACAACGAUGAUAUUUACAACUCCUCUAAACCCGUGACCACAAAUAUAGCAGAUCAAGAUUCAAAUGCAGCUGAAUUGUCCCCAGCUUUGGAAGUCAAAAUUUAUUGCGAAAGAUUGGGUUCUUUGCUCACCAACCAACUUUUCCCUUCUAUCGUUGCAAACACUCUACAUCAUCCAGAAGCAAAUGAUGAUAAGAUCUCAAUCAACGGAAAUAUCGAUCUCGAAUUCAAUGACAGGGAAGGGGAAAAGGAGGCAUCCUUGCUUAGGGAAAUACAAAGACUCAAAGCGGCAUUAGUCAACAAACGUUCCAAAAAUGCCCACUAUAGAGAGGUCUUAGCAUCGUAUAAAUCAACAGCCGAAGUGUGUUUUUCGCGUAUGCAGGCCAAAUACUGCGAGGAAAGAAGGGUAGUUUCCGAAACACUUGCCCGUUAUAAGCGAGAGCUCGCGGUCUACAAGGAGGACUGUUUAACACUAGCUGGCCAGUUAUCCGCUUCAAGGAAAGAGAUCCGGGAUUUAACCCGCUCCUCGGAAGACUUGGAAAGGAAAGGCGAGUUUUUGGAAUCGGAGAGGAAGACGCUAAACGCCAUGCUUAAAACGGCGAUCCAACAAAAAUUCGCACUAAUCCAAAAAGUUGAGAGCUUAGAAUGUUUCAACUUUUUCCCUCCUCCAGCUUCCAUCGAAAAUACGAAUAACAUUUUCGCUGAAAACCCAGUCAAUACAACUUCUACACACUCGUUCAGAACAAAACUAUCCAACCUAACUGGCAGAUCUUCCCACGCACAAAUAACCACGUCAUCACCAAAAGAUUGCGAUAGUAAAAACGGUUCGCUAAACCAAGCAAGAGGCCAAGCACUGCCUUCUAAAUUCAAGGAUAAUAAACCGAAUUUGAAGGCCAGCGUUAGUGAUAAAAAGUUAUCCACAUCUAGUUCGAGCAAUAAUAAUAACAAACAGCAAUUAUUAGCGCAAAUGUUUAUGGUGCCCCAGUUCUCCUCCCCCUCUUUUGGUAAAUUGAGCAAAUCAUUAAGUACCACAAAUGGAAAGUUGAAUUAUGACAAGAUACAUCAGAACAGUGACGAAAAUAUUAUCGAUCAUAAAAAUGAGAGAGAAAUCAUGGUUAAGUUUAGUAAAUGAGCGAGAAAUCAUGGUUAAGUAUAGUAAAUGAAAAGAGAAUUGUAUUAUUUCUGUUUUUUUAAUUUGUCUUCGUUUCAUGUUUAUAAAAUAAACUUUGUGUAUAUAAAUGAAAAACCUUUUAUAUAAGAAGCCUUUCAUUGACUGAGUUAUCACUCUAGGUCACGAAAUAUAUAUUUUACAAAAAUACUUACAUCAUAAAAGAAAAAAAUACUUAAUUUUAUAUUUAAAGUAUUUUAAAUAAUUUAUUAUUAUAUUUAUGUCUACCUUUUUUAACCUUUUUUCCCCCCAACUCAUAAAAAAGAUCAAAUUAAUUUUUGCCAUUCCGUCCUUAUUAUGGGUAUUAAAAUCUAUAUUGAGCAAACAUUAUAUUAACCUCAUAUAUACAUUAUUUUAGAUUCUUGAGGCAAUAUUUAUCAUAUUUAUUAUCAUAUAUUGCCUUAUAUUUUUCGAAAGGUUGAUUGAAUUUGUUUUUAUUAAUUUUAGUCAUAAAAGAACAUUUUAGAGAAAUACAUUUGAAAGAGUUUAUAUACAAAAAAAAAUUUUUUUUUAAUAUAUGCGCCUAUUUUUCAAAGGGAUCAUUUUUCCGUCAUUGUAAAACAUUUAGAAUAUUUUUUUUAACUUACAAAUAGCCAU